AUGCACUCUCUUUCCAGAUCCAGUUCCCCUUGUGCCUGUGUUGGUGCUUCUACAACCUCUACCUUUAAAUGUUUGCAAUGCAAGCGUCGUGAGCGUCACAAUGCUAUGAUGCAUCGCUUGGCUAGAUCUAUUUAUCUGGAUACUCAUAAUCAAGAUACCUCUUGUUCCAACUUGGUUUCUGCUGAAAGAAAUGCCGAGGGCAAUGUGAGCGAUAACAGCAAUGGCGGAAACAAUAUUAUGGGAUCUUUCUCUGAUAUUGAUAAUGGAUGCAAUUAUGGCAUGAUCUUUGAACCUGAAUCAUAUUAUAGGAUUCAAAAUAGCGAUCAUGAUAUGCACUCAAAAAGCCAUUCUUCCGUACCCAGCCCUACUAUGACAAUGGUAAACUCUGUGAAUGGACUGUUGCGUCGAAAUAGGAUGACCAGCGAUCCGCUGUUCUGGCAGAAUUUAGAUUCGAAAUGUGUGAUAAGAGAUAACGACAGGGAUUUGCAAGAUACUAACAUGUCGCACCUUUUGUUUCAAAAAAGUAUUCGUCACUCCAUCCAUUGUGAUUGCAAGGGAUCGGUGAGUUAUUCUUGA